AACGAAACAUAACCACCAAUGGAUCCAGCAUUGACCUCGGACAAGGACAAACAUGCUCCCGCGUGGAAGCAGCUCCUUCGUUUGGUCACUUUGAUCACUCUCUUUAACCUGACAUGUGUCUGCGUGUUCUCGACCCAAUUACUCGGCGUUCCGCUAUACUUCUACGAUAAACAAUGGUACUACGCGUAUAUUUCCCGUACCAAACAGUCGUUCGGUCUCAUCUGCGUAUUCAUCACGCAGUACUUCGCUCCAACUAAAAUGGUAGUUACGGGUGAUACGGACAUGGCGGGACAACUACGCAAAACCGAAGAUGGGAGAUUAUCUAGCGUUUUUCCACAACGAGCUGUCGUUAUCGCCAAUCAUCAGAUUUACUCGGAUUGGUUGUAUAUCUGGUGGUUGGCGUACACCUCCCGCCUUCACGGGGCAAUCUAUAUCAUCCUCAAGGAUUCUUUGAAAUGGAUCCCUAUCGCCGGAUGGGCAAUGCAAUUCUACGGGUUUAUCUUCAUGUCGAGAAAAUGGUCACAUGACAAGCCUAAGAUGCUUCAUCGUCUGCAAAAGUUGAAGAACCCUGAUGACCCGAUGUGGCUUCUCAUCUUCCCUGAGGGAACGAAUUACUCGCCUAACACCACCCAGAAAUCCGCCGAAUUUGCGGAGAAGACCGGACAGUCCGACCUCAAACACCUCCUCCUCCCCCGCACGACCGGCCUCCACUUCUGCCUGGCAACCCUCGACCCUUCCAUCGAUUACAUCUAUGACCUAACAAUCGGCUACUCCGGCAUCCAACCCUCCGUCAACCCUUUCGCCGGAAUCGAAUAUACCCUGAAAUCCGUAUAUGGAGAGGGCAAAGCGCCAAAGGGUGUUCAUAUUCAUGUGCGGAGGAUCAAGGUGAAGGAUGUGCCGUUGAACGAUGAUCCUAAGUUUGAGGUGUGGUUGAGGCGGGUUUGGGAGGAGAAGGAUGAAUUACUGGAGUAUUUCUACACGAACGGACAUUUUCCGACGGAAAACGGGGAACCCAAGGUUGAGACAGAGGUCAAGCUGGGUAGUGUGCUCGAGAUGUUCAAUAUCUUCAACGUGUUGUUGGCUGCGGCGGCGGUUGCGCAUACGGUGAUUAAGGGAUUUAGGAUGAAGUAAAGUUUCAUUUCAGGCGUUCGUUCAUACAAGCCGAAAAGCAUGCAAGAGAUUGGGCACAGGGGUGCUAGAAGCUCAAUCAGAUGAAAGUAAAGUGUACGAUAG